AUGGGAGAAGCAAAAAAUUCCUCCGAUCACCCGCCGGAAUACGUCAAGGCCAGCGAGCACCUCAACCGGCCCCGGGCGCCGUCCGCCGCCGCCGGUGGUCCCGGCCCGCGGGGGCCGCUUCCCCUCAACCUCCCCAUCAUCUCCUACCUCAAGUCCAAGCGCGUGAUCCUCGCCUCGGCCUCGCCGCGGCGGCGCGCCCUCCUUGCCCAGGUCGGCCUGACGGGCCUCGAAAUCACACCCUCGACGAAACCCGAGGACCUCGACAAGUCGGCUUACGGGCCCUACGAGUACGUCUCCGAGACGGCGCGGAAGAAGUGCCUCGACGUGUACGAGACGGCGCUGCAGACGCACCUCGCCUCGAUCCCGGACCCGGACGUUGUCAUCGCCGCCGACACCGUCAUCGUCACCCGUGAUGGCCGCGUGCUGGAGAAGCCGCGCAGCGAGGCCGAGCACAUCAAGAUGCUGCGCCACUUAAGAGACACCCGCGUGCACCGCGUCCUGACCUCUGUGUGCGUCAUCGCGCCACGGGAGGACGCGCGGUCGCCGGGCUACGAGAUUUCCAUCCAUACCGAGGAGACCAAGGUGUAUUUUGCGCAGGAGACCAACGGCCUGCCGGACGACGUGAUUGACGCGUACGUUAAGACGAGAGAAGGUGCCGAUAAGGCGGGCGGGUACGCGGUGCAGGGCAUCGGCGGCAUGUUGCUCGUCGAGAAGAUCGAGGGCAGCUUUGAUAACGUGGUCGGCUUGCCCGUGAGGCAGACGCUCGCGCUGGCAGAGAAGGUCGUGUUCAAGCAGGGCGGAGAUGAAGUGGACGAAGAGGAGGAGGAAGAUUUGAUGUGA